AACCUUUGAGCUUAUUUCUUUGUUUCCAGUACUUCUGCGUGCAGUGCGUCAGAGCCAUUCGAGCGGUUCCUUUUUCUUUGUACUUCCUGGAAUCUCGGUAGCGGCAUUUGGGUUUAGAGUUGAGUUGAGUUGAGUUGAGUUGAGGUCCUUUGAAAGAGAUGGUGCUUAAAGAGAUCCCCACCGAGAAUUUUACACGACCCUUGGGUCGCAAUGAAGUUAUUGGUUUACUUUUUAAGUUGACGAUAUUUGGCGCUGUAACCUAUUUUACCAUCAAGUGGAUGGUAGAUGCUAUUGAUCCCACAAGGAAGCAAAAAAUGGAAGCACAGAAGCAGGCAGAAAAGCUUAUGAAACAAAUUGGUGUGAAGAAGGUUAAGCUCUCAGAAUAUGAGAUGAGCAUUGCAGCCCAUUUGGUAGACCCUCUGAAUAUGCAGAUCACUUGGAGUGACAUUGCUGGUCUGGAUGAUGUCAUUACUGAACUGAAAGAUACAGUUAUACUUCCCAUCCAGAAGAGGCAUUUGUUUGAAGGCUCAAGACUGCUGCAGCCCCCAAAAGGUGUGCUACUGUAUGGCCCCCCAGGCUGUGGUAAAACCCUGAUUGCCAAAGCUACAGCCAAAGAAGCAGGCUUUCGCUUCAUUAACCUGCAGCCCUCCACCCUGACUGACAAGUGGUACGGAGAAUCUCAGAAACUCGCUGCUGCUGUUUUCUCACUGGCGAUAAAACUGCAGCCUUCCAUCAUCUUCAUCGAUGAAAUUGAUUCUUUCUUGAGGAGCCGUUCUAGCUCUGACCAUGAAGCCACUGCUAUGAUGAAAGCGCAGUUCAUGAGUCUGUGGGAUGGCCUGGAUACAGAUUACAACUGCCAGGUUAUAGUUAUGGGAGCUACAAACCGUCCUCAGGAUUUGGAUUCUGCCAUUCUAAGGAGGAUGCCAACAAGGUUCCAUAUCAAUCUGCCUAACCACAGGCAACGGGAGGAAAUUCUCAAACUCAUUUUAGAAAAUGAAAAUGUGGACACCCUUGUGGACCUCCGUGAAGUUGCUAAGGAUACGGAUGGAUUCUCGGGAAGUGACCUGAGAGAGAUGUGCAGGGAUUCUGCUCUGCUUUGUGUCAGAGACUAUGUCCGUAACAACACCCAUGAAAGCAGUGUUGAAGAAGAUUUUGUGAGACCCAUCGCACAAGGUGAUCUCCGACUGGCAAUAGAAAAGAUGAAGAAAUCAAAAACUGCAGGCGUUCAGGGUGUUCUGAUGCAUUCUGCCUUGGACUGAGCAGAACACCCACCAAAAUGUUAUUCCGUGAUCAGCAGUCAGUGUACAGUUAUUUAAAUGAAAUGUUGUUUUUUUUUAAAGAUGCUAAUGAAAAUAGCUGAGUACAAGCUAAAUCAAUUUCUACACUGAGGAUAGGGUAUAUUCUUCCGGAAGAUUUCGCUGUAUAUAUUUAUUUGUAGUAAGAUUCAAUAAAAUAAAUAGUUCCUAUAAUACACCGAUUUUUAAGUAGAUAUUUAGGCCAACAUAGCACCAAAUUGUAAUGUGUUCAAAGUCAAAUAUCUUAAAAACAACUUUUGCUGAAUUCACUGGAACUGCGAACACUUCAGGUAAUCAUGUUACUGAAACAAGGAAAGGAAGUGUCCUCGAUCUAGUUUUAAAUACAAUAAUGUUUGGAUACAGUGCACUGUAUAUUUCGCUAAAUUAAGAUUGCGUAAAUUAGUACAAUUAUUAUUUUUUUUUGUAGCUCAAAAUUGUUUAGUGUGUGAGGGAAAAAUAAAUAUUAGCUAAAACUAUAUAAACUCAACAUUUGGUUUAGUCUUGUGUAAUCAGACUGGAGGCAGAAGACAAAACAUUUGCUGUAGCUUUCUCAGAAUUUAUAAUCAUUUAUAAAUAUGUUCAAGUAAGUGAGAAAUAUUACAUAGGUCAAUACAAUUGCUUGAAGUCUCUAUUUACAACAAGCCUGGUGGAUUCUAGAAGGAGAGUCUAAGAUGAUUCCAACACAUUCCCUUAAGCCUUAUAACCCGGCUAAUUCCUGUACAGAACAUUCAUGUUUUUAUUUGAUUUGCCUUGGUGUGAUACCAAAAACCUGUACUCCGUGAGUUUCACUAUGAGGAACUCCCCACAGUACUGUCGACCAGAUGUUUGCUCAGUUGAGACUAGUUUUUGAAUUGACACAGCUUGUGAUAACAUAAAUUGGUGAAGUUUAUGUGUUUUCCAAAUGUUUGUCAUUGAAUCUAUUAAGUGUCUUGGUGUUUCUAAAUGUAGCACUAUUGAGUAUUUAAUAGUUAUGGAUGAUUUAGUGAGCAUUAACACUCAAGUGUUCCCCAAUGUUGCUCUUCGGUUUAGAAAAAGAGGCUGUUGUAGGUCCUAAAUAUGGUUAAACUUAGCCAUCUUUAAAAAUAGUAUUUACAGCAUAGAGUACCGAUGAACUAAACUGCUAAAAAAAUUAUAAUAAUCACUCAAUUUGCACUAAAGAGUGUAAAGGUGUUUUACAUAAAUUCUUGCAAGAUUGGUGGUAUAUUACUAUAUAGUUCCUGGGUACUUCUGAAUGAAAUACAGUGUGAUCUGUUAUAUACUGUAUUAUAAGAUAAUGAAUUACUGUGGAAAAUAAGUUUUUGUGCUUUCUGCUUUGUGGUAUUACUGAAUUUAGAGCAGUGUAAAACUUGCAUAAUUCAUCACAACACCAUAUUUGCCUUGUUUCAACAUGGAAUGUAUUUAUAUUUUUCAGGGGUACAUGGGGAAUGUAUGUAAAAUGUAAAAAAAUAAAGAACUAUAAUAAGUUCAUUGCACAUUUAAACAGAUUUUAAUGGAUAGCGGUAUGUAAAAAAAUUGUGAUAAUAUUUUUUAUUUUCAGUCUGCAUUAUACUGCUGUGAUAGUAAUAAAACACAAGUUAAACCUCGA